GGCGCGAAAUCUGACUUGCCAGUGUUGGUACAUUCAGGUUUGGUUCUGAGUCAGUUUUGAACCGGGGUCUGUGAGGGCUAUGGAUGCCACGUCGUGUAUGAAGAGCCUUCUACUGGCUGUAGCGCAGUACAAAACAUGUAAGAGUGACAGUAACGGGGGAGUGCUACAUCGGCAGCUGGAGGUAAUUAUUGGACUGAACCUGAACAAAUUGUUUGCAUCCAAUCAAAUAUUACCAAGUGAAUGUUUGAGCAGUCUUGUUGAGCUUCUCGAAGACCCAAACACCAGUCCUGCUAUUACAUUGAAAACCAUUAAUUUGAUUUCUAGUUUAGCUGCUGACAGUGAAACAAGUGAAACUCUUCAUGCAACAUACAACCUUACUAAUGUCUUGGCCGGACUGGUUCAUCGAUAUAGCUCCAUCAUUAAUGAUCCAGUUCUAUUACAGAGCAUUCAGUUGCUGCAAAGACUGACUUACAAUGUGAGGGUCUUACAUGCAAGCAUUAACAUUGAGGAACUAAUUGCUUUCUUGAUGAACCGCAUACAGACCCCAGAAGAUAAGCUAACAAUGCCUUGCCUUGGACUAAUGGCAAACCUUUGCCGGCAUAACCUUUCAGUCCAAACACAUGUAAAGUCUUUGAGUAAUGUAAAAGGUUUCUACCGUACCUUAAUCAGCUUCUUAGCCCAUACCUGUUUGACUGUAGUGGUUUUUGCACUUUCUGUUUUGGCAAGUCUUACAUUAAAUGAGGAGGUUGGUGAGAAGCUUUUUCAUUCCAGAAAUAUCCAUCAAACUUUCCAGUUAAUAUUUAAUAUCCUUGUAAAUGGUGAUGGAACUUUAACAAGAAUGUACACUGUAGAUCUUCUUAUGGACCUUUUAAAAAACCCCAAGAUUGCAGAUUAUCUCACAAGAUAUGAACAUUUCAAUUCUUGUCUUCAUCAAGUGCUAGGCCUUCUCCAUGGUAAAGAUCCAGAUUCUGCUUCCAAGGUACUUGAACUCUUGCUUGCAUUUUGCUCUGUGUCCAGAUUGCGUUGUAUUCUACGACAAGCCAUAUUUGACCAAGCUGGUAAACCAGGAGCAGGCAAUGGAAGACUUGGUCCUGGCACUAAGUCUUCAGAACCAGCUGUGUCCCUUGUUCAUUGGUCAAGCCAGUCUCUUGAAGCACCUCAGAAUUGUGCAGUGUUGGCUCUUGAGCUUUUUAAAGAAGUGUUUGCGGAUGCAAUUGAUGCUGGAAGCUGUCAGUCAGCUGAGCGCUUUGUAGAUCUGCUUCUGCCUGUCAUUCUUGAGCAGCUUCAAAUUCCUGAUCACGAACUGGAUGAAGCUCUGGCAAAGAAGAGUUGUGAAAGGGUAGCAAAAGCUUUGGAUGUCUUGAUAAUGCUUUGUGGAGAUGAUGUACUAAAGUUCCGCAUUACACGAAUACUUGCAGUGAACCGUUUUGUCUCUAUGGUGGAUUAUCAGUUUUCAUGCAGUGGUGAUACUGGCACAAAAAUGGUAGAUUCUGAACUUUUCAAAACUUCCACAGAUGUCAUUCUGAAAUCUCUGGAUCUCAUGAGCAGAAUAAAGCAGCUGGUGACAAAUAUGGAAGCUGCAUUCUACAAAAUCCUGCAGGAUCAUCGCUUGAUCACACCAUUAUCAUUUGCAUUAACAUCCAAAAACAGAGAGAGAGUUCAUUCAGGACUUAGAAUACUGUUUGAAGCUGCACCUUUGCCUGGAUUUCCUGCCAUAGUGCUCGGAGAGAGCAUUGCUGCUAAUAAUGCAUACAUACAGCAGGAGAAAGAUUGUCCACCAAAAAGAUUUGCUGUGCAAGUUAAUUCUAAUAACUGCAAAUCACCACAGUUCUUAAACAAUCAGAGUAUUGAUAAUUCGCCCACAAAACUUCAAGACCUUAUAUUAAAGCUGCAGACUGGAAUGGAGCUAAAAGAUCAGUCGAAUGAUGUAAGGAUUUCAGAUAUCAUGGAUGUAUAUGAACAAAAGCUGUCUGCCCUAGCAUCUAAAGAAAGCAGACUGCAAGAUUUGUUGGAAGCAAAGGCGUUGGCACUUUCCCAAGCUGAUAGGCUCAUUGCACAGUACCGAUGUCAAAGAGCUCAAGCUGAAGCAGAGGCUAGAAAGCUUGCUGCACUGUUAAAAGAUGCAGAAAAAAAGAACGAAGAACUGAGUUUACUCUUGAAGUCACAGCAGAUAGAAUCCGAGAGAGCAAAGAGUGAUAUUGAGCAGCUAUUCCAACACAGCAAAAAGCUACAAGCUGUUGCUGACGAACAUGAAAAAUUAAAGAUAUCCUAUACUGAGCAUCUUAUAAAAUAUGAGUUGUGUGAGAAACAAUACAAAGAAUUACAAGCAUCAUAUAAUCUGUUAACUAAACAAGCUGAAACAAUGAAAAAGCUGAAUGAUUCACUAAAAACACAGAAUGAACAGACUAUCUCACAACUUAAUGAACUAGAAAACCAACAUAAAGAUUUAAAUAAGCAACUGCAGGACAGAGAUAGUAAAAUAAAAAAUUUGCAGCAAAAACUAAAAUCAUUAGAGGAAAAGAUGAAAACAAAACAAAAGGAGAAAGAAGAAAUGGAAGAAACUAUAGAUGUUCUUCGCAAAGAAUUAAGUAAAACUGAACAAGCACGGAAGGAAUUAAGCAUUAAGGCAUCUUCCUUAGAAGUUCAGAAGACUCAGCUGGAAGCACGUUUGGAGGAGAAGGAAGCAGUUGUGAAAUUACAGCAAGAAGAACUAAACAAACAUUCACAUAUGAUUGCUAUGAUACACAGUCUAAGUAGUGGAAAACUCAAUACAGAGAACGUGAACCUCAGUCUUUAGAAAUAUACGGUUUGAUUCAUAAAGCAACCCUGGCCAAGUGUCUAGCAAGUGCUGUUCCAUGCACUUUCUGCUAAAUCUAUACAACAAGAAAGCACAAAACAGUGCCCCUAAGAGUAUUCAUUUUUCUAUUUUUAAACACUAUACUGGUGUACAGUAGAGAUUUUAGCCAUUUUUAAUAUGCUUAUUGUGCUAAUGUGGCAGGUUCCGGGUCAUUCUAAGUAUGUUAUUUUGAAGAACAAUGAAUUUUUUGCAGAUUUUAAAUAACACAUUUGUGAAAUAAAUUAUAUGCUUUUUACAUGCUCUCGUUAAGCUUUGUAUGUGUAUCUUCUGGCCAUAUGUAUCACUGAUUUAUUUUUCUCUUACUAUAUUUUCAGAUGCACUUUGUACUGUACUGUAGUUGUGUUUUAGUAUUUUUAGCUCAUUAACACAAACCAAACCUUUACUGGUACAUAAGAUCAAUAGUAUUUUUAAAUUAUUCAAUUCUUAUAUGCCUUAUAAGGGGCUUACUCAUCAACUGUGAAUGUGGAACUAAUGAGCAUUAUUGUGGCUCUGUAUCUUUAAAUGUAGCCUAAAUUUACAAAAAAAAGUCCCUUUUUGUGUAUAUAUAAAUAUUUAUAUAUUAAACACCUAAA